UUAAUUGUUUGUGAGGCGCCAGGGCCACUGCCGGGGCGUGGGGUAUAUCAAUAAGAAGUAACCGCCACUGACGUUUCCGUUUUGACCAUAGACCACCAUUCUUUUGAAAAAACAGUAACGGCUGGUUUCUGAGUUUUUCCUUGGUGCUAAAUAUUGCCAUUCAUGGCCUCAAAAUUUGUAGCUUUGCUUUUACUCUUUUUUGUCUCCUACAAACUGAAAAUUCAAGAACCAAACUUAUCCUAGUAAAAUCCGAGCUGUACUCAGAAGGAAUCAAUUUCUUGCCUUUUGAAUCAUCUCCUUCCACGUUUCCUUCGCCACCAGCAUUGUCUCCACGUGUUCUAUCGGGAGGGAUUCUGUUCUUCCUCAAUGACUUCUUUAUUAACCCCUCCUUCCCAUCUCCAGUUUCGCACUACACACCUUAAUUUCCGUAGACAACUUAACUUUGGUGGCAAUGGCUGAUGAUGAUAUGAAGCUUCAACAGCCAGUGGAUGAAAACAAUGUUCCUGACACCCCAGAACCUGAAACUGAGGGAAUUCCUGAAGACUCUUCUUCCAAAGCUAGGGACCCCAUUCCAACUCCUCCAGUGAGUCCUGCAUGUCGUGAUAUCUGGAGAGAGCAACGGUGGAAGGAUAUUUUAAGCAAAGAGGAGCGGACACAGCGCUGUUCACGCUGCCGGGAGAUAGGGCAUGCUCAUAUUCAUUGUCCUUAUCCGUUCUAUCCUGUGAAGUUUUUAACAGAAGCAUUUCCCGUGCCAAUGGUCUGGAGACCUCCAAAAGGGAAAUACCGAUGCAGUCGCUGUGGUCGACGUGGACACAACCGCCGCACUUGUCAUGGACCUGUUUUCUAUUAAAUAGGUUGUUUGUUUGUGUUUUCUGCCAUGCUGAACUUUUGGACAUCUUUGUUUGCUGGGCUUUUCUAUGGUGUUUUUCUUUUAAACCGUUAAGACAAGGGAUAUUUAUAUCUGUGGUUGAAAUAGACA